AUGGGCUCUGCGUCCUCCCAUGGAGCGCAGAAGUCGGUGAAAGGCGCUUCCACGCAGGUGCACCAGUCAUUACCAGAACAUGAAUUCCCCUCCGUGUCGACGACGCAAUGCAACUCUCCCUCCGGUCACAGUCUGUCCGACAAGCUAUCGACGUACAGUUUGGCACCUGAUGCGGUGCCAGUGGGCACAAUCGAUCCUAAGAAGAUCAUCUCAUUUACUUCAACCGAUCCUGAGAACCCGUGCAAUUUGUCCCAGAAGAAGAAGCGGUAUAUUUUCGUCGCAGGCAUCCUUACAGUCAUCAACAGCACGCUGGGCUCAUCCAUACCGAGCGGGGCGAUUUCCUUCAUUGCUGAGCAUUUCCACGUAACUGAUCAAAUCCAACUGCCACUUCCGAUAUCUUGUUUCCUUGCGGGGUACGUGAUAGGGCCGUCGCUUUGCGCUCCUCUGUCCGAAAACAACGGUCGCAAGCCCGUCUUGCUGGCCUUCUUCCUGCUGGCCAUGUUCUUCUCAAUGGCCUGUGCAUUGGCCCCCAGUUGGCCGGCUUUGCUGUUUUUCCGGCUGGUGUGUGGAGUUGGACUGUCUGCCCCCAUCGCCGUAGUGGGAGGCAUCUACGCGGAUAUCUACAACGACGCCCGAGAAAGAGGAGUGGCUAUGGCAUGGUUUACGGUUGCGACCAGUUUAGGUCCUGUCAUCUCACCCAUCAUCUCAGGCUUCAUCUCCGAAAACACCACGUGGCGAUGGGUGUUUGGUGUCGAAACGCUGUUUGCGGCAGCAACGGUCCCUCUCAUCCUAAUCAUGCCCGAGACGUACGCGCCCACUCUUUUGAGUCGCAAGGCAAAGAAACUUCGCAAAGAGACGGGCGAUCCGGAGAUCAUUGCCAAGACCGACCUUCAGAAAAAGACGCUCCGGUAUGUUCUCACCGUCGUCAUGACACGGCCGUAUCGCAUGCUCUUCAACGAAGUCAUUGUCAUGAGCGUCUGUGCCUACUGUGCGCUGGCCUACGGGAUCUUCUACCUCUACUUCGAAGCUUAUCCGAUCAUCUUUCAAGGUCCGGACUCGGUGUACAAAUGGUCUUGGGGCCUUUCGGGUCUGGCUUUCCUGCCCAUUGGCAUUGGUGUGGUCUUGGCCGCUCCGGUCUUUCUGCUCUGGGAUUCGUAUCUGGCAAAGGCGCAGAAACGGAAUGCCAAAUGGGCCUUCCAAGAGGAAUACAGGCGAUUGCCACUGGCCGUUAUUGGCGGCCCGCUCUAUGUUGUCUCACUGCUCUGGAUCGGUUGGAGCGCGAAACCUGGUAUGCAUUGGAUGGCGCCUGUUGCUUCGGGCGUCACCUUUGGCCUGGGGUUCGUCCUCAUUUUCAUGUCAUUGCUGAACUACUUGAGUGACUCAUACAUGACCUUUGCGGCCAGUGCUCAGGGCAUCUCCAGCCAAUGCCGCAGUGUCUGUGGCGCGUUACUUCCACUUGCGUCACACCGCAUGUUUUCUUCCUUGGGGAUCCCUUGGGCCUGUAGUCUGCUGGCUUUUCUGAGUUUAGGCAUGUGUCCGAUCCCUAUCGCAUUCAUCAAAUACGGGGACCAGAUCCGGGACAACAGCAGCUUUUGCAAACAGUUGAAGGAACUGCAACGUCGAGAGGCUGCAGACGAAGAGAAUGGAAAGCAAGAUGUGGUUAUGGUGAGAGAUGGGAAAGGAGGAGACAAAAUCGGUCAGACGGAUGGAGGGAGGAUCCAAGAGAGGAUAUCCGAAAAGGUAUGA